CCUUAGCAACGUCCCCCUAUUUUUGAUUUUAUCUUAGAAAUGUCUGCCGGCGUCGUCAAUCCCUGUUGCAAAAAGUGUCCAAACGAACAAAAUGUACAAAACGUCGAGACUCCCACAACACCGUCUCCUGAACCGGAUCCUGUCUCCCAACCUCCCGUUCCUAAUAACCUAAGACCCGUUCCAGGUGCAACUGCUCCGUGUUAUUUGCCCCAACCCGAAGAUGCCAUCCCAGCAAACGAAGACACGUCAAUGGGACCAAUUGGACCAUGGGCGACCGGCAGAGUUGAUUGGAGCCCCAUGGCUGGACUUACUGGAACACGACCCGUAGUCGACAAAUACUCGAUUGCGAGGUACAGCGAAGGGGAAUGGAGAAGACACAACAAGGAAAUUUUGGACAUGUCGGCCCGAGAACAACACAGAAUGAACCUUAUUGACUGGAAUGGCCGCCAGUGCUUGAUCCAAACCACUGCUGACGUCGACAAAAAGCAAGAAGACAACACCAAGAAGCUACGCCAAAGAGAACAAGAAGUCCAUCGCUGGAAGUGCGAAAUAGAAUCGGAAAUAGAAGCAAUGUCUGAAGAAAUAACACAAACAGAAGAGCAGCGGCGCAGAUUGAAACAGGCAUCCAAGGUGCUGCAGCUGCCAGAGUCCAUCGCUGGUGAAUGCUUGGAAAGGAGAAGCGGGCGAUUAGACACGGAGAUUGUGCGUGACGAAGUCGAAGUCGAGCUAAUAAGAGAACUAGCUUUGACAGCAGAGAUUCGAGAGACGUUCACUAGGACUUUGAAGGACAUUGAAGCGCAGCUUGUUGAGGACAAAACUGCUAAGCAAAGACUGGAAUAUGAUUGGAGCGACAAAACGGUGGCACACGAGAUUGAGGCGUUGAAUAUUUUGCUCAACAAUAGUUCGAAUACGAUGUUGUUUAAACCAGGGUCUGUAAUAUUUCCCGACGAUCAGUCUACUCCAGAAUAUUGGACACACUUUACCGAAGAAACCUUGACGGAAGCUAAAGCUACAAGACAAAGGUCGGAAACUUUGAGGGCCACGUUGGACGCAAUCUUGAUCAACGCUGCCAGAGAUUUGAGAUCGCAAGCUGAUAAAGUUGAACUAGCUCUUUCUAGGAGAGUAGCAUGUGUGGAAGAGAUGACCCAGAAAUUGGAAUAUGAAUUGAAAAAGGUACUGAAAGACUUGGCUGAUGUUGAAAUUCUUGUAAUAGAUCUUCGCAAUGCCAUUAGAAGAAUGGACAUCCCAAUGAAAAAAGCGCAAACGAGACUCGAUAAUAGACUCGGUCGACCACGAGUUGAAAACUGUCGUGAUGUACCUCACUUUGGGCUUAUAGAAGAAGUCAAGUUUAUUAAAGAAAACAUUGCUGCACUUCAAGCGCAACUGAAACAAGCUGAAGAAUCUCAAGCCAAUCUUAUUACAGCACGUAACGAUUUGGAACGCGAAAUUAUGCUCAAACGAAAAACUCUUGAGAUUGAUAAAGGAAGAUCGCAACUAAUUCGUUCACAUUAUCCAUCAGCAACAGCAUUGUCUGGAUAUUAAAAAGCAUUGAAAAGCAUGUGUAUCAUAUUUGUCUUGAUAGGGGU